CACAGCGGCACCGGCCGGGCGGGGCGGAGCGGCGCGGGGAGGGGCGGAGAGCCGGAGCGGAGGCGGGGUGGGGUGGGGGGGAGGGGCUGCGGGAACGGAUGGCGGCCUGGGCCGGGUAGCAGCGGCGGUUCUACGGCCCGGGGCCCCGGGCCAGCGGAGGUGGCGGCUCCCGGGACCGGCCGCGCGCAAUGAUGUUGUCCACUGGGCAUGUACUGACCAAUGUGGCAGGUCUGAGAACAUAGCUGAAGCUGAAAAUAGGAAAGCUGGGGGCGAGGAAGAGCCUUGAAUCUUGAGGUGGGACGUUGACUCUAAGAUGUCCUUGAGCAGUGGAGCCUCCGGAGGGAAAGGAGUGGAUGCAAACCCGGUUGAGACAUACGACAGUGGGGAUGAAUGGGACAUUGGAGUAGGGAAUCUCAUCAUUGACCUGGACGCCGAUCUGGAAAAGGACCAGCAGAAACUGGAAAUGUCAGGCUCAAAGGAGGUGGGGAUACCGGCUCCCAAUGCUGUGGCCACACUACCAGACAACAUCAAGUUUGUGACCCCAGUACCAGGUCCUCAAGGGAAGGAAGGCAAAUCAAAAUCCAAAAGGAAUAAGAGUGGCAAAGACACUAGCAAACCCACUCCAGGGACUUCCCUGUUCACUCCAAGUGAGGGGGCAGCUAGCAAGAAAGAGGUGCAGGGACGCUCAGGAGAUGGUGCCAAUUCAGGAAGCCUGGUUGCUGCUAUUGCUCCCAAGGGCUCAGAGAAGGCGACUAAGGCAUCCCGUAGUGUAGCCGGCUCUAAAAAGGAGAAGGAGAACAGCUCAUCUAAGAGCAAGAAGGAGAGAAGCGAAGGAGUGGGGACUUGUUCAGAAAAGGAUCCUGGGGUCCUCCAGCCAGUCCCCUUGGGAGCACGGGGUGGUCAGUAUGAUGGAAGUGCAGGGGUGGAUACAGGAGCUGUGGAGCCACUUGGGAGUAUAGCUAUUGAGCCUGGGGCAGCGCUCAAUCCUUUGGGAGCUAAACCGGAGCCAGAGGAAGGGGAGAAUGAGUGUCGCCCGCUAAAGAAAGUCAAGUCUGAAAAGAUGGAGUCCCCUGUCUCCACACCAGCAGUGCUGCCGCUGCACCUUUUGGUACCAGUGGUCAGUAAUGACAUCUCAUCUCCUUGUGAGCAGAUUAUGGUUCGUACCCGAUCAGUCGGGGUCAACACAUGUGAUGUGGCUCUAGCCACCGAGCCAGAAUGCCUGGGCCCCUGUGAACCCGGGACAAGCGUCAACCUUGAGGGCAUCGUAUGGCAGGAAACAGAAGAUGGGAUGUUGGUGGUGAAUGUAACGUGGAGGAACAAGACGUAUGUAGGUACACUUCUUGACUGCACACGGCAUGACUGGGCACCCCCCAGGUUCUGUGACUCCCCCACCAGUGACUUGGAAAUGCGGAACGGUCGGGGCAGAGGCAAACGCAUGCGCCCCAACAGUAACACACCUGUCAGUGAGACAGCCGCAGCCUCUGACAGCAAAGGGACCAGCAGCAGCAAAACUCGGGCAGGAGCCAAUAGCAAAGGCCGUCGGGGCAGCCAGAAUUCCUCAGAGCAUCGCCCACCUGCCAGUAGCACCUCUGAGGAUGUCAAGGCCAGCCCUUCCUCAGUGAAUAAGCGGAGCAAACCGCUUUCAGACAUGGAGCUGAAUUCUAGCUCAGAGGACUCCAAAGGGAGCAAGCGUGUCCGUACGAAUUCCAUGGGCUCAGCCACCGGCCCCCUCCCUGGGACCAAGGUGGAAACCACUGUUCUAGACAGAAAUUGUCCCUCCCCGGUUCUGAUCGACUGUCCCCACCCAAACUGCAAAAAGUACAAGCACCUCAACGGGCUUAAGUAUCAUCAGGCUCAUGCCCAUACAGAUGAUGACAGCAAGCCAGAAGCAGAUGGAGACAGCGAGUACGGAGAGGAGCCCCGCCUCCACGCAGACCUCGGGAGCUGCAACGGCGCCUCUGUCUCACAGAAAGGUUCCUUGUCCCCUGCCCGCUGCACCCCCAAAGUGCGACUCGUAGAGCCCCACAGCCCUUCUCCUUCCAGCAAGUUCAGCACAAAAGGCCUCUGUAAGAAAAAGUUGAGUGGAGAGGACACAGACCUUGGCGCCUUGUCCAAUGACGGUUCUGAUGACGGACCCUCAGUGAUGGAUGAAACAAGCAACGAUGCCUUGACUCUUUGGAAAGGAAGUUGUAUAGAAAAGAAAAGUGUAAAAACCCUCUAGUUUGAAACCUGAAAGAUGCCUUCAAAGAGCUUAAAGUCAGCCCGGCCCAUCGCCCCGGCCAUCCCCCCGCAGCAGAUCUACACCUUCCAGACUGCCACCUUCACAGCAGCCAGCCCCGGCUCCUCCUCGGGCCUGACCACCACGGUGGUCCAAGCCAUGCCCAACAGCCCCCAGCUCAAGCCCAUUCAGCCCAAGCCCACUGUGAUGGGAGAACCUUUCGCAAUCAACCCUGCCUUGACGCCAGCCAAGGACAAGAAAAAGAAAGACAAAAAAAAGAAGGAGUCUUCAAAGGAACUUGAAAGUCCUCUGACUCCUGGGAAGGUGUGUCGAGCAGAAGAAGGCAAAAGCCCAUUCAGGGAAUCAUCAGGAGAUGGAAUGAAAAUGGAGGGGCUCCUAAAUGGCUCGUCAGACCCCCACCAGAGCCGACUGGCUAGCAUCAAGGCCGAAGCUGAUAAGAUCUACAGCUUCACAGACAACGCCCCCAGCCCUUCCAUCGGAGGCAGCAGCCGCCUGGACAGCACCACCCCGACCCAGCCUAUGACUCCCUUACACGUAGUGACUCAGAAUGGAGCUGAAGCCGGCUCAGUCAAAACCAACAGCCCUGCCUACUCCGACAUCUCUGAUGCCGGGGAGGACGGGGAGGGCAAAGUGGACAGUGUCAAAUCAAAGGACCCCGAACAGUUGGUUAAAGAAGGGGCGAAGAAAACUCUUUUCCCCACUCAGCCACAGAGCAAAGACUCCCCAUAUUACCAAGGCUUUGAGAGCUACUACUCGCCGAACUACGCACAGUCCAGCCCAGGGGCGCUGAACGCCGGCAGCCAGGCAGGAGUGGAAAGCCAGGCCCUGAAGGCAAAAAAGGAUGAGGAGCCUGAGAGCAUAGAGGGGAAAGGCAAGAAUGACGUCUGCGAGGACAAGAAGCCGGAGAUGAGCGGCUCCAGUCAGCAGCCCUCGGUCAUCCAGCAGCGGCCCAGCAUGUACAUGCAGUCCCUCUACUACAACCAGUAUGCCUACGUGCCCCCCUACGGCUACAGCGACCAGGGCUACCACGCCCACCUCCUGAGCACCAACGCCGCCUACAGGCAGCAGUAUGAGGAGCAGCAGAAGCGGCAGAGCUUGGAGCAGCAGCAGCAGCAGCAGCAGCGGGGACUGGACAAGAAGGCGGAGCUGGGCCUGAAGGAGCGGGAGGCAGCACUCAAGGAAGAGUGGACAAAGCCGUCAAUUCCACCACCUCUCACCAAGGCCCCAGCCUGUACAGACCUGGUGAGUCAGGACCCCGGCAAGGCCAAGGAGCCAGGGCUUGACCCUGCCAAAUCGGUCAUUAUUCCCAAGUUAGAUGACUCUUAACUCCCAGCCAGGCCCCAGAAACACUUUAAAGUGAAGCUGAGUGAGGCCAGCCACCUAGGCAAGGAGGCCCUGAGGCUAAGACAGGUGCUGAGUGGUGGCCGCCAGGCAGAGGUGGAUCCGAUUCUAUGGUUGUCGUAGGAAGCAGAGCCCCGGAUGUGGACGUAUGUUUAUCCUGCCAAGUACUCAGACAUCAAGUCAGAAGAUGAGCGGUGGAAGGAGGAGCGGGACCGCAAAUUGAAGGAGGAAAGGAGUCGGAGUAAGGACUCUGUCCCCAAGGAGGAUGGGAAGGAAAGCACAAGUAGUGACUGCAAGCUGCCCACGUCUGAGGAGUCCCGCCUUGGGAGCAAGGAGCCCCGACCAAGUGUCCAUGUGCCUGUGUCCUCCCCCCUCACCCAGCACCAGUCCUAUAUUCCCUACAUGCACGGCUACUCCUACAGCCAGUCCUAUGACCCCAGCCACCCCAGCUACCGGGGCAUGCCUGCUGUGAUGAUGCAGAACUACCCAGGUUCCUACCUACCUUCCAGCUACUCUUUCUCCCCGUAUGGCAGCAAGGUCUCAGGGGGCGAUGAUGCCGACAAGGCACGAGCCAGCCCCAGUGUCGGCUGUAAAUCCAGCUCAGAGUCCAAAGCCCUGGACAUCUUGCAGCAACACGCCAGUCACUACAAGAGCAAGUCCCCCACGAUAAGUGAUAAAACUUCUCAGGAGAGAGAUCGGGGAGGCUGUGGGGUGGUUGGGGGUGGUGGCGGCUGCAGCAGCAUCGGGGCAGCGGGCUCCAGUGAAAGGAGCGUAGACCGGCCCCGCACCUCCCCUUCCCAGCGCCUGAUGUCCACCCACCACCACCACCACCACUUGGGGUACUCCUUGCUCCCGGCACAGUACAACCUACCAUAUGCGGCAGGGCUCUCUUCCACAGCCAUUGUUGCCAGCCAGCAAGGCGCAACUCCCUCGCUCUACCCACCACCCCGGAGGUGAGAAUGAACACCAAGUGCCCGGAUAAAGUCAGCUUCACGGGUCGGAACUGGCUCACCCAAGGAGGUGAUGGAGGUGCCAUUUAGACAUCAGUUAAAUGGUGUUGAUCAUCCUGUUUGCCGUGUUCCCACCAUGACCGAAGGCAGACCCUUGGCUAUCUCGCCUCCGCUGGGCCCCCGGACUCCCCCUACCCUCCCUCUUCCUCAGGAGCUGGAGAGCUGGUACUUAGCAAAAAUAUUUAUUCUCUCGGCCACAGCCGUGACUGUUGUGGCCUCUGUGGAGAUGAAGGCACGGGGAGCAACCAGGGGAAUGUGGCCUCAGCCCAGAGAAGUCACUGCUCUGUUCCCCAAACCCGAGUCACCUGACAGAGGAGCACCACCCCCCCGGGGAGGGCCCCCCCAGCCCUGGGUAAGGUCCGAAGACAGCACAGCAGCCAUGCCCUCUCACCAUCAUUGCCACCGUAACCAGACCCUGCGUCUCCCGGCGGUCUGGGCCCUGGGAAUUGGCAGCACGUGGAGGAAUGAGAAUCUCAGGAAAGAAAUUGGGGGCUGUUUUCUCUAUAAUUGUGAAAACAAGGUCUUCAAACAUGAAGACUUCUCCCCUCUCCCAUGAGCACAUUUAAAUGCUCAGAGCCCAGCCUGGAAAGGAAGACCGAGGUAUUUGCCCCCACCAAGGCCUUGGGCUGCCCGUCAGGCAGAGGGCCAGGGGUCCCCACACCAGCACAGGGCUCCCUGGGGACACUGGGAGUCAGCUGGAUCUGGAGCAUGAGUGGAGUCUGUGAAACAGAACCUGCGCCCCCACUAAGUCCUGCUGCUUCUUAGCCAACACUUGCCCUUUUCUCUCUUCCCUCCUGACCCCUUGGUGCCUUUCCCAGGGGGAGGCCCACACUGAUCUCUCCUCUUCUUCUCUGCUGCUUGGUUCUUGAGAAUCGGGCGGGUAAAACAGUUUUCCUCAGCUUGGGUAGCCUUGGAGUCUGCCGGGUCACCUGAGGGCAAGGCCCAGAGGCAGUUCUUAAGAGAUGUCCUGUCCAUCCAGCCAUCUGAGUGUCCGUCUCAUGUAGGGCCACAAAGACAGACAGCCCAGUUCCCCUGUACACAGUACAUGGUUUUAUAUCUCAGCCUGUAACCCCGUGUGUGCCAAUAUGAGCCUUGUUUCUUGUAACACAGAUUUUUUUGUUUUAGGGGCCACUGACCAGGGGAGGUUAUGUGUUCCUCAGACCCUGGGAUGACACAUCCAAGCCGUCACUCCACUGAGCCACGGAGUGCGCUCAGCGGGAGCCAUGCUGGGAGGCAGCAGGCAUCUCUCUGCUCUCCUUAAAAAGCAGUCAUCCCGUCCGAGCUCUGCGCUCUGUGUACUGGGCAUGGACGAUGAUUUGGUAGUUUUGUUGGAGGCACUUCUUCCCCAAGGCGUGGGGAGCCUUAGCUCUUACUUUGCUUUUGAGGUAUCAUCCCUUUGUUCUCCUCUCCUGUCCUUGACCCUCUGGAUUGAGAGAAAGAUAGACUGACAGACACCAGCCUAGGCUACAGAGAGGUAUUGUGACCAGAGUGCCAAAGUGACCAUGUAAAAGCGGGGUCUUGGCUCUGACAGUGGGGGGCAUGGAGGCGGAGGGCAGUAAGUAAGCACAAUGUCCUGCGGGGGCUGCUUUCCAGGACCCCCGGAGCCCUCCUCCGGAGAGCCUCAGGCUCUCUUGCCCAAGAGGAACCCCUCUGGCCUGUAGACCUUUCCUCCAGGUUUUAUGUUCUUGUUCCAGUUGGGUUCUGAGCCCAUCCAAAAAACUCGCCGUUUUAGGCCUCUUAGCAGGCCCCCAAGCAGCCUCCCUCCUUCCCUGUGCCUCCCGCCACCUCGGCGGGCAGCGCUCUAGCGGUGACUUCCCUUUCAUCCGCAGAACAGUUGGUGGGGACACCUCACCCCACCUAACCCGAGUCACCACCACCAAGAGGAUGACUCUGAAUUUCAGCCUGAGUGUGCCCUCCCACACUCCUGUGGGAUGAAGCCAAGGGCCUGUCUCUCUUUCCUGUUGGUUUUUAAAUAUUGUGUGUUGUAUUUGUGGUGCUGGCUUACCAGCGUGCUCUGUACAUAUUGUAAAGAAAUUGUUUGGAGUAUUUUUCCCCAUCGGUGGGCAUGGUCUGCAUUCCUGCCCUUUCUACUUUGUUCUGUACACAGAGAAGAGGGAAAUUCCAUAUUAGCAGGGCAGCCUUGGGUUCUACAGAAGGGAACAGCUUUUUUCUUCUAUUUUUUUUUUCCCCCUUAAAAACAUUUGGCUCUUGGAUCCUGCCCGGAAGAGCAGGUAGAAGCCAAUAACAGCAGGACGGCACUGCCUCUCCCUGGUCCCCGACCCUCCUGGUCUCAGAACCCUGUGAGGUCCAGUCUCCCUUCCCUGCACAGCACGAAGCAGCAGCAGCAGCAGUGGAGGAAACAGAUCCUUGAUGAGUGCUGAGUGAAGGGAUCUGCUGUCCCUCUCCAGCCUCACCACAUGGGGAGGAGAAACCCAGUGACAGAACCUGUGGCAACCCAUGACCUGGUCAGAGGGACGAGACAUGCAGCAAGGAUUUCCCUCUCCACCCCUCCCCUGUGAGCAAAAGCUAGAAAAGUUUACUGCUAAGGCCCCAGAUCACCAGACUGAGGCUCUCGGAGCCCGUCACCCUCCACCCCACCCGCCCAGGAGUCCAGGCCUCCUGUUAGACAUCGUUCAUCGGGCCCCGCAGUGCAGCAGCCAGAGGGAGAGCGCCUCUCCCCCAGCCAGGACGGCCAAGGCCCGGAGCUGCUGCUCGGGUCAGGGUGUGCAUCCUCCUCUUCCAUACUCGAGGUGUGUCACUGCCCUUCAUCCCCUUCCCUGUCUGUACAUGUAUGUGUACAUGUAUGAAAUUUCCUUCUUAUCUCACCUUCUCCACACACAUCAAGGUCAAAGGACCACAUGCAGAAAGGUUAAGAGGGCACACCCCAUGAAAUGAAAUGGUAAUUCUUGAAUCUCUUCUCUCUAGGCUCCGAGGUGGGGGUGGGGUGACUUGGCCUCAGUAGUGGGAGGGUAAGACUGCAGAAGGGGCUAAGAGUUAUAUACAGGCUUUGAGGUCACCCAUGUCACUAAUUGUCCCAUAUACCCUAUCGCCAUCCCACUGUCUAUUCUGAUGCCCCCAAGAUUCCACUGGGCAGCUAGCUGGCCCCAUAAUUCUGGGCCUUUGUUAUUUGUUUUUAUUACUAGGGCAUUCCCAGGGCACUUUCUGACGAUCCUCUGCCACGGGGCCCCCUCCUGGGAUUGAGCCCCCUCCCAAGCCCCCGUCCCAGCCCCUCCUGCCCCAGCCCACCCGCUUGCCUGGUGCUCAGGCCCCCCAUUGGGAGCAGGUUGGGGCGAGCUGGAGGCCCGGGCUGGAGGGGCAGUGUUGCUGUUCAUAGCUUUUGUUCCAUUGGCGUUGCUUUGUUGGAAUUUAAUUUCAGUCUUCCUGAUUCUUCCCUUCUGUAAAGUGUACAUUACCAAGUUCCUUGUUUUUUUAUAUAUAUAUAUAAAUAUAUAAUAUACAAACUGUUACUACUUUUUGCCUUUGUACAUUCAGGCAAGAAGAGAAAAAUAACAUCUUUUUAAGAGACAAUCACAAAUCUGUGAGGGCUGCUGGUUAUUUCUCCUGGAGUUUGCUGCUGAGCUGCCACCUCCUUCCUCCCUACCUUUCCGUUCUCUCAGCUUCCCUGUCUUCCUGGUCUGCUCCGUGUGCAUCCUCAGCUCCACCUUCCCUGGCUGAUGGCAAGCUGUUGAAUCAGUGUCCAGGACUUACCUGCCCUGCAGUUCUCUCCUGCCCAGCAGUGCUUUACAGCUUGGCCACGGCUUACCCGGGAGCUUUAACCUGUGUCCUGGCCUCUCCUCCUUCCCCCUCAGAUCCCCUUCACCGAAGUGGCUUUUGGACCCCUGGGUACUCUGGGACCUCCCAGAGACACUGGUUUUGGACACUCACCUGUGAAACUAUGCAGCUAGGAGCUUUCUGCCUAAGAGUUUGCACUAUCUCAACCUGAAUUGGGAGUUAGAAUAGACGGUUUUUUAGAAAAUAAGUGGGAAACUCCCCCACAGACCUCCAGCCCUCCAGAGAACCAUUCCCGGCGGGGGACUUCGGGCUGUCCUUCAGAACAGGCACUAAGGGUUUUACGGGUCAAGAGCACGUGAUCAGAAACUCACAGAGUGGUACAUCCUGAAACAGCCCAACCAAAUCGUUGCACCUCUUCAACUUUACCCCUUUCCCUCUUGAUUUUCCCCCUCCCCCUCCUUCUGUUUCCUUUUCUUAAAUUGGCUCUGGAACUGAAGUAUUUUUUAAAUUAUUUGUUGUAUUUAUUGAAUAAAGUUUUUAAUGUCCCUGUUCUUAAAUUUAGACUUAGUUUGCCUUUCACAUCUCCCCUCUCCAUCAUCCCCCAAAACAUUCUACCUUUGUUUUCAUUGGAGUGCAGAUUUGGGUGCCUACCGUAUUUCUUUGCUGUCAGUGGUCUUAUUCUAGCAAAGGGUUUUUUGGGUUUGUUUUAAGGGAAAUCUUUCCCUAGGUUUCUGGUUUGAUCUAACUCCAGCUGUUUUAAAGACCCGCCAAUAAGUGGCAGCAGAAUCAGGCGUAUUUCUUGUCCACUCUGCCUAGUUUUGAGAGACAAUAAAGGACUGAGUUUUAUC